CAAGACACAAAAUGGGUAGAGGAGAAACAAAUGCAAAGGUAGAACCUAUAUUUGCGACGAAUAUUAACAUUGGUCUAAUUGAUUAUUGCAGAAGCGGAAACGCCAAUCGGAAAAAGUAGAAGUCAAGUCUAUUGCCUCAGCAGCAGUUCCAGCUCCUCAAAACGCGGCGGUGAUCGAUACCUCGAAGCCCACAGUCAUAUUCCAGCCAGAAAAAGGGAGAGAUUGGACUGUGAGCGUGGCCCUUCCCGGGAGUAUAAUUGCAAAGUAGGUUUUGCUGUUGGCGCAUAUGCAAUGGCUUUAGCUAACUCAUACAAGUGCGCAAUCCCAUGAAUCUCGAACGUCCCUCGCAGGCCAUGUCGCUCGAGCUCUCUCGGUCUUCUGCGUCGAUGAAGUCAUAGUAUUCUCAGAUGGACACGGUCAAUCCAAUUCCGCCAAAAGACAUCAUAAGCGUACACACUCUCAUGCUCACCAGAACGACUCUUCCCAAGACGAAUAUACUGGCACGUCAGAUCCAUGCCAUUUUUUGAUUCACCUGCUGAGCUAUCUCGAGACGCCCCCACAUUUACGAAAGCUCCUCUUUCCACUACACUCAAACUUGCGAACUGCGGGCACAUUGUCGAGUUUGGAUUUACCCCAUCAUCUGAAGCCCGAUGAAUGGUGCCCAUAUAGAGAGGGAGUUACGUUACCAGGUGCUGACGAGCAUGGAACCUUCGUCGAGGCAGGAUUGAGAAUACCAGUCACAGUCAAAGAUCAGAUACCGGAAAAUACCAGAGUUACAUUGAAGUUUGAUGCUGAAGCAGAAGAUGCAUCCAAAAAUAUUAAGAGCGAGGUCAUAAAUGCCGAACCAGUUGGUCCGGAGGAACCGAGGGAAGAAAGUGGUUAUUAUUGGGGAUACAGUGUCAGAAAAGCCGCAUGUCUAAGUGAUGUAUUUACAGAAUGCACAUACGACGGCGGGUACGAUGUAACUAUUGGAACUUCCGAGCGAGGUAUUGAUUCUCAGCAACUCUACUCGGGAAGUGAAGAAGAGAAGGUGCGAGGUUUCAAACAUCUUCUCGUUGUAUUUGGGGGAGUAGCCGGUUUGGAGGUUGCAGUCAAGAACGACGGAGAAUUUCAGAAGUUGGGUGUGACAGAGGCAAAGGAUGUAUUUGACAGAUGGGUCAACGUCUGUCCGGGACAAGGAAGUAGGACAAUUAGAACCGAGGAGGCAGUCUGGAUUGGCCUGAUGGGGCUGAGGAGAUUAGUGGUCGAAAAUAAAUGAGCCGAUUUGAACGAUUGGUUAGGUCCCGAGAGAUUCUAGGAAAUUGGUCUUACUGCUCGUUCACGAACGUUCCAAGGAUAGAAGCAUCAAAAGGAAAUGCUCACUCGAAAUUUCAAAUCGAAUUCGCUGUCUUACAACAAUAUAUGGCCACCAGAGUAAGUAGCUCAGACUACAUACAGUAAUACAUACAGAAAAUACUUAUACCCUCAUUCCACGGUUGGAUAUCUUGUGUGUCAUAUGAAUUUAGUCUCUAAGAGCGAGACUUCCGAU